AAUAAUGGCUUUACAGUAAAGACCCGUCCUCUUAAACAUUCAUGCCUCGCAUUUGUAGCGGAAACAGUGCUGGUGAAAUGAGAUAUCUUUCUCAUACAUUUCAUAACGACAGAGCAGACAAAGAUACAACGUGUCCAUACUACAGAUAACCAGCAGUAGAAAUGCCUCGCAUUGAGAAUGACAUCAAGUUGGACUUCAAGGACGUACUUCUCCGUCCGAAACGAAGCACACUCAAGUCCCGUAGUGAGGUGGACCUGAUGAGAAGUUACACCUUCAGGAACUCCAAGGGAAGCUACAGAGGAAURCCCAUCGUUGCAGCCAACAUGGACACUGUCGGCACCUUCGAGAUGGCUCUGGCUUUGUCCAAGUUCACACUCUUCACUGCCAUUCACAAGCACUAUUCAGUAGAUGACUGGAAGGAGUUUGCAACAAAGAAUCCAGAAUGUGUACCGAGUAUGGCAGUCAGCACAGGGACAGGUGAAGGGGACUUUGACAGGCUGGGUGAGAUCACAGCCGCUGUGCCUCAGCUCCAGUACAUCUGUGUGGAUGUGGCCAAUGGCUACUCUGAGCACUUUGUCCACUUUGUUAAAGAUGUGCGUCAGAAGUACCCGACACACACCAUCAUGGCAGGGAAUGUGGUUACCGGGGAGAUGGUGGAGGAGCUGAUCCUCGCUGGCGCUGACAUCAUCAAAGUGGGCAUCGGACCAGGCUCUGUGUGCACCACCCGUAAGAAAACAGGGGUGGGUUAUCCCCAGCUGAGCGCUGUGAUAGAGUGUGCCGAUGCUGCUCACGGCCUGGGCGGACACAUCAUCUCUGAUGGUGGAUGCACUUGCCCUGGUGACGUUUCCAAYGCUUUUGGUGCCGGGGCGGACUUUGUGAUGCUGGGCGGGAUGCUGGCCGGCCACUCAGAGAGCGGGGGCGAGGUCAUCGAGAAGAACGGGAAGAAGUACAAGCUGUUCUACGGCAUGAGCUCCGACACGGCCAUGAAGAGACACGCCGGGGGUGUGGCCGAGUACAGGGCAUCUGAAGGGAAGACGGUAGAGGUAGUCUACAAGGGUCCCGUGGACGAGACCAUACGGGAUGUCCUGGGCGGGGUACGCUCCACCUGCACCUACGUGGGCGCAGGGAAGCUCAAGGAGCUCAGCCGCAGGACCACCUUCAUCAGGGUCACCCAGCAGCUCAACACCGUCUUUGGGAACGAUAACUAGGCGAGGUCCAGGCUGGUUCACACACACACAUACACCAUACCGUUGAUAGUAAGAAUCAGUCAUUUGAGAAACUUAAACCUAGGAUAAAUGUUUGGUUGCCAAAACCUUUUUAGAUAAUACUAUCAAACAAUCCCUUAUCUAAGAGUCAUAUUUAAGCAAAAGGCAUUMGGGGGUGUGGUAUAUGGCCAAUAUACCAUGACCAAGGGCUGUUCUUAWGCACGACGCAACGUGGAGUGCCUGUAUACAGCCCUUAGCCGUGGUAUAUUGGCAAUAUACCAUAAACAUUUUGUCAUACCAAUCAGCAUUCAGGGCUCGAAUCCACCCAGUUCAUAAUUCAACUUUAAACAUAUUUGACUUAUUCUAAACUGCCAUAAAUGUACAUUUCUUGG